ACCCUGACACACACUCACACUCGGAGGAGACAGAUCCAGAGUAGAAGCUACUACCUGAGAAGGGAACAUUUAUUUUUUAUAAAGCAGGACACACAUAUUCAAGGUCAAAGAUGCAGGUUUGUACAGUCUUGGAAAAAUGUGGUGAAAAUGUGGUGGGAGCCGAGCUGAGCUGCUGCGUCAGGGAGCAGAACGUUUCCCAGAAAGAGAGCUACAGUGCUGAUUGGCACAGCGUUAAUAUGAGAACGCAGCAUGAGGACCGCCAGUCCAUGAAGAUGUCAGAUGAUUCCCGGCGGGAGACACUUUCCCGUUACUGGCGCUCCCGUCCCCUUUCCCAGCAAUGUCCUUCAGGCGUCCUGCGUGUCGGCACUGUGGAGUCUGGCAUGGGUGAGCACCGACUGCUACCCUACAGAAACACUCUUCCUCUACCCAUCUUCAAGCCUACCGAGCUGGGUGUGAGGUUGGGCCGCGGUGCCCCUCACAACCUGGAUGACAUUCCAAGUGCACGUGUACCUGAUGGAGCAUGUCCGACCAAGAGAGACAUCCUGGAGAUCACACGAGACCUGCCGCCUGUCAAACCCCUUCGUAUGGAGUUCUCCAAGGCUCCCAGAACCCUCGGGAGGUCCGUGUCUCAAGAGGCUCAGAGAGGGUGAAGAGAGAGAGAUGGAGCAAAAGGAGGAUAAGGAAAUGAAUGGAUGGACUUGUAUAACCUGUGAAAGAGUGAUGAGGAAAAGGGACUGAUGCAGCAAUUGUAGCUAGACAAUGUAAGCAGUACAAAUGUUAUACACUGUCGUGACGUAGUGAUGAAACUUAAGAGAAUGCGGGUGAUUUUGUAAAUAUUUUCUUUUAUCUAGAUAUUUAUGUUAUUUUUGUAUUGAAAAGUUUAAAAAAACAGUAUUGUGUUCUAGUUGCUUGAGAAUUAUAUGACUGUAUAACAGUAUAAGUGGAGAGAGAGAGAGAGACAGAGAGAGAGAGAGAGAGAGAGAGAGAGAGAGAGAGAGAGAGAGAGAGAGAGAGAGAGAGAGAGAGAGAGAGAGAGAGAU